UAACAAAGUAAAUGGCUGACUCACUAAGGUAGCCCACGCUGACGAAAUUUCUGUCAAAAGCGAUUGUUCAUUUUCGACGGCUUUUUACAUUGUUAUGUCUCCCGAUCAAAUUGCUUUAGUUUUGGGUGGUCUUUUGUCCCUUGGUGGUGCUAAAGGCUACUUCAGCAAGGGAAGCAAAGCUUCUCUCAUUGCAGGUGUCGGUCUCGGCGGUGUUUACCUUUACUCUUCCCGACUCAUGAGCCAAAAUUCUACUAGCGGUGUCCCUCUUGCCUUGGCUGGGUCUGCCUUUUUGUUUGCAUCUGGUGUCCCUCGUUUGGCAAAGACCAGAAAGCCUGUUCCUUUGAUGCUAACUGUUCUCGGUGCUGUCUCUACAGCUUAUUAUUACAAGCAAUGGGUAUAAUUUUACGUUCAUAUUCCUUUUUAAAAUAAUUUUUAUAUGAUGCAAUAAAAGCCCUUAGGUUACUAUAGUUUCUAUACUUUCUUUUCAUCAAAUCAAGGUAAUUAUAACGUUCAGUACGUAUCUAAGACUAUAAGAAAAACAACAUAAUUAAUAUCGUAACG